ACGUCACUAAUAGCGAGGAGGAUAAUAUUUGCGAAAAACACUUUUUAGAUAAUACGCGGCGUUUAGAUAACGGUCGAUUCUUAGUUAAAAUGCCGUUACGUGAAAAUCCGGAAACCGCACUUGGCGAUAGUUUUAAUAUGGCGAAAAAACGAUUCUUGAACUUAGAAACUAGAUUGGAAAAAAAUCAAGUACUUAAAAAACAGUAUUGCGACUUUAUCAAGGAGUACGAAGAACUAGGUCACUUGAGUAAAAUUGACAAGCCCGACUUCGGUUAUUACGCCCCCCACCACCCAAUUAUUCGUGACAGCGAAACUACAAAAUUGCGGGUAGUUUUUGACUGUAGUGCUAAAUCAAGCACACAAAUAUCCCUUAAUGAUAUACAGCAUAUAGGACCCGUUAUACAGGAUGAAUUAUUCGAUAUCUUGAUUAGGUUUCGGCAACAUAAAUUUGUUUUGUCCGGGGACAUACAAAAAAUGUACCGGCAGAUUGUCUUGGACGAAUCGCAGCGCCAUCUACAAUUAAUCCUUUGGAGGGACGAUAAAACCAAACCGCUUGAUGUACUUAGGCUAAAUACGGUGACUUAUGGUACCAGCUCAGCGCCUUUCUUAAGCGCUAGGUGUAUAGUACAGUUGGCAAAUGAAUGUCCCGACAAAGUAGUGUCAGAAAUAAUUAAACAUGAUUUUUAUUAUGAUGAUUUCCUGAGUGGCGCUGAGAGUGAAAACGAGCUAAGGCACAUUUACAAGAUAGUUAAAGAAACGCUUGCCUCAGCUUGCUUUCCUAUUCACAAAUUUCGAACAAAUUGUCCACAAAUUUUCGAAGAUGACUGUACUUCAACUCAGUCAUUAGAUUUAAAUAAACAAGCCAGCGUCUUAGGCUUAAUUUGGUCUCCUGAUCAUGAUAACCUACAGUUUUCAGUAAAAUUGGACAAAAAUACUUGUGCCAUAACAAAGCGGGUAAUUUUGUCCAAUACUUGCAAAAUAUUUGACCCACUGGGCUUGCUCAGCGCAUGCACAAUAAAGCUAAAAAUAUUACUUCAAAAUUUAUGGAUUCUUAAAUUAUCUUGGGAAGAUGAAGUACCAAUGGACGUAAAAAAAAUCUGGCUUAAAUUUUUAUCAAACGUGCAUGUUCUGGCGAGCCUAAAGGUACCUAGACACGUUUUGUGUUCUAGCCCAACUUCAAUUGAGAUGCAUUGUUUUGUGGAUGCUUCUCAAGCCGCUUAUGCGGCGUGUAUCUACUUGCGGUCGACAGAUGGCGCUGGCAAUGUGACUAUUAAUCUUGUAUGUGCCAAAACGCGCGUGGCCCCAAUUAGGGCACUAUUAACGAUCCCAAAACUUGAAUUAUCGGGAGCGCUGCUAGGCGCGCGACUAGCAGCCAAGGUCACCAAUGCAUUGCGCUGUUCUCUGGAUCGCAAGGUUUUCUGGACCGACAGUUCCGUGGCGUUGGGCUGGAUACGCAACAGACCAAAACUAUUUAAGGCUUUUGUAUCGAAUCGUGUUAAUGAUAUACAUGAAUUAACUACCAGAGAUUCCUGGCGGCAUGUGCCAACCGCCUUAAAUCCUGCGGACUUGGCCUCGCGAGGAGUCGAACCUGGCCAAUUGCCAGAACUGAAUUUAUGGUGGCAUGGCCCAUCCUUUUUAUUACAUGAUGAGAGUAGCUGGCCACAGAAUAUAGGUUCUAUAUAUACCAAUUUACCUGAAAGGAAAGAGCAGAGCGAUAACUCAAUAUUUGCCAUGAUUAAUAUUGAGCAAUCGCCCUUGAUAAGAUUUGAAAACUAUUCCAAGGCAAAUAAAUUAAAACGAAUUGUAGCAUACAUCUUUCGCUUUAUUCACAACUGUAAAAACCCUAAAACUAAAACAAAAGGAACCUUAACAUUAGAAGAAAUAAACAACGCAUUAACCUACUUAGUAAAACUAUCACAAAAUCAAACUUAUGCUACAGAAUUAACUACACUUUUACAGGGAAAGAAGCUUAAAACUAAAUCAUAUCUGUUGCAGUUAGCUGCAUUUGUUGACGGUGACAGCGUAAUUAGAGUAGGUGGUCGCUUACAAAAUGCCGAUUGCGAUUACGAAAAAAAGCACCCGAUCCUAUUGGACGGUAAGCAUCACUUCACACGGCUCUUGAUGGAAGGCGAACACCUACGUCUACUACAUGCUGGCCCUCAGUUGCUCCUUAGCUCCAUACGCGACGAAUUCUGGCCAGUAGGCGGUCGGGCGUUAGCGCGUAGCGUUGUUCAUAAAUGCGUAACAUGCGUACGACUUCGAGGUGAAGCUAUGAAGCCACUGAUGGGCAAUCUACCUGCAGAUAGGGUUACUUCGUUUUACCCCUUCCAGGUAUGCGGCCUUGAUUUUGCGGGACCCUUCAUGAUUUCCAGCAAAAAGGGAAAGGGUAACCGCAUAACAAAAUGCUAUUUAAACAUUUUUGUCUGCUUUGCAACUAAGGCCGUCCACCUGGAAGCAGUCAGCGAUCUUAGCACUAAUGCCUUCAUCCUAAGCUUACGUCGUUUUGUGGCUCGUAGAUGUAGACCGCAUACAAUUUAUUGCGACAAUGGCACUAACUUUGUUGGGGCAAAUAACGAAUUGGGUAGAAUGCUAAGAUCCGCUCAAAAUUCAGUUUAUGAGUUUGGCAAUGAGGAACACAUUAAAUUCAUUUUUUCUCCUCCCUACUCUCCUACUUUCGGUGGAAUUUGGGAAGCAGCUGUUAAAUCGGCCAAGUUCCACCUAAAGCGAAUUAUGGGUAACGCUAGUCUGACGUUUGAGGAGCUGAGCACGUUAUUUUCUCAAAUUGAGUCGAUCCUGAACAGCAGACCCCUCACUCCUUUCUCGUCAGACCCUACUGAUCUUUACCCUCUGACUCCAGGGCACUUUCUGGUGGGGAGACCCAUGACUUCACUGCCGUCACCCCCCGUUUGUCUUAAAAACCCUGAUAGGUACCAGAGGAUCGAGCAGCUGCGCCAGCAUUUCUGGCAAAGAUGGCGGAACGAAUACUUGGCCGAGUUGCAGCAACGUACCAAAUGGCGCCAGAGGCAGAAGGAGCUCAAGGUUGGAGACCUGGUGGUGUUCAAGGAGGAGAACACCCCACCACUCAAAUGGAGACUCGGGAGAGUCCUACACCUUUAUCCAGGAGCUGACGGAGUCUGCAGGGUUGCAGAUUUCACCACGCAGAAGGGCGUGGUCAGAAGAGCACUCAACCGAGUGUGCCCCCUCCCCUGCAUGAACGAUCUUGAAAGCAGCAGCUUUCAAGGGGGGCAGGUUGUUAACGCACCAGCGGUCAAACCAGUCCCCGAGGGGUGAGGGCCA